AUGUGUUUCAAUGGUACUUUCUCACUUUUUGGAGAUACGAAUUCUUCGGAUUGCGAUGAUCCAGACUGGAUAUCAAGCUCUGAUUCCGAGUCUAAUGCACACAGAUUACGUUCGACUGCAGCUGCAAAUGCAGCUAGAGUAGGACGACGUCGAAAACGGCGUAGAGAACGCUCCACCACACCUGGAAAUACAGUUGCAAAGAAACAGAAAUACACGAGAGAAAUCGGUGAACAAAUCAGUGGAAUGGAUCUGUGGGGCCAGAUCGUUCCCGCGGAGAUCCUGGCCACCAUUUUUGGCAUAGUUGUUGGUGAUGCAUGUGACGGAGCUGUGGCUGAGCUUCUUCGUUUGCGUCGUGUUUGUACGCACUGGCAAAGAGUUUCCUUGUUACCCAAGUUGUGGAAACGCGUGUCUCUAGUGAAUCUUCCUGGUCUGACCAAUGGAGUCUUCACCAGACUUUGCUCUCGUGAGCUGCAACAUACAGUGAGUCUGAAGAUAGUGGGGUGUGCGAAGAUUCAAAAGCAUGGGUACAUGGCUAUAGCUGAUCACUGCCGACAACUUCAACAGUUAACUGUACUGCGUACUAGUACCUUCACUGCUGCACCACUACAAGCUAUUACCAAGUUGGAUCAAUUGAACUGCUUAAGGUUGGAGGAAUUGACUUCUGGGAUUAACACUCGCUGGUGGAUUGAAUUGAUUAACGCAAGAGGGUCACAGCUAACAGGUCUGUCAUUAGCUGGAUGCCCUAGAGUUGGUCGGUCCGUAAUAUCAUCUAUAGUUGACAAUUGCUUUCAGUUGACUUACCUUGACUUGUCAUCAAUCAAUGUGGGAACUCUUAAUGUUGAUUUGUUACAGAGAGGAUGUCCUCUUCUCACAGCUCUGCACUUAGACCAUCUAACUCUUCGUUCAUCCAUCAAGUCGGCUAAUAAAUCGAUGGGAUUUAAAGAUCUUAAUAUACUGACUUUGGCAUGUUCGGAUAUGUUGCCAUGUGUGCCAACAGUCAAGAUGUUGUUGUACGAAUCAUCAAUACUUGAAACAUUAGAUAUCAGAGGAUGGCGUGAUCCAGAUUAUAAUUCCCUUGUCAGUUCAUUACCAGGAGAGCAAAACCUUCGCCGUUUAUUUGUGGCAAGAUGGAAGCAUGUUGACAUUGCGAGCUUCAUGGCGGCAAUAUCUGUCUACAAACAACUCAUUGAAUUAGACUUGAAUCAGUGCGUUGGAAUAAAUGAUAGUGCUGUCACUCGUCUUGCACAAACACAAGCAGCAUCUUCUCUUAAAAUUCUCCAUCUUUCGGGCACUGCAAUCACUAAUGCUGGGCUACAUGCUAUACUUGCAGUAUGUCUACAACUUGAGUCGCUUGAUCUAACAAGUUGCCGUGGUGUAUCAAGAGGACUCAAACAGGUGCACAACAGGGACAGUAUACAACAGAUGAGAAACAAGACAUUAUGUUGAACACUAAGGGUUUUUGUAAAUAUACACACGAUGAAAUCACUUGUGUUAUACCUACUUGAAAAUGUGCCAGGAAAGCACAUGAAGUUUGCUCGAGGGAAGUCCUGUGUCAUUACAAAAUAGCAAAUAACUGGUAUGAUUACAUUUGUUGGA